CAAAAAUCAUUUCCAUCCUAGAGUAAGCGCAUGCUGCGUUUCGCAUGCCAUCCGUGUGUGCUUCAGCAUGUAAAGGCUUGCGGCUUCCUCUCGUUUUGCCAGGCAAGGUCGAGAGUGGUGAAGCCUGGCGAAAGGAAGUCGCGCGCCGCUGAUUGGUUUCGUUCGACAUCCUUCAGUGCGUUAGCCACGCAGGACAAUGCGCAUGUUCCCCUUGGGCAGCCGAAGCAGGUUCCUUUGAAUGUCGUACGUCGGAAAGAAGGCUGGGGCGUGUAUAGCCCUGCAGGGGCAAGAUUUAAUUUGGUAGUCAACACAACAGAGAACUUGGUACAUGAACCAACAGAAGAGGAAAAGCAGCUCGCGUCGCAGCUUAAAGCAGCAGGCAACAGAAAGAACAGACAAUGGCAAGCUGUGUUUUCCAAGUAUUCUGGGUCUAGUCCAUGGGUGCUCACUGCUGCAAUGCAAGCAGCUUUGAAGACGAAGGACUACGAGGAAGGCUUCCAAGUUUACAAAAGGGUCAGACACAUGACGCUGCCUACGUAUACCAUUUCAAUGAAGCUCCUGGGGAAGCUGGGGCAACUUGACGAAGUUGAAAGGCUUUGGGAUCAGUUGGUUCAGCAGAAUGCUGUUGGUCAAGAGCAGGCUGGAGGGCGCAUUGAUGCAGCGGCAGACAAUGGAGACAUUCAAGCGGCAGUACGAGUUCUUGACUACAUGAAGGGAAAGGGUAUUGAAGCCAAGGCGUUGCAUUUUGGCUCAGCCAUCAAUGCUUGUGCCAACAGCAAAGAUGCCAAUCGAGCGGAAGUCGCUCAGGGUUUUUUUGAUGAGAUGCUACGGACUGGUUUGACUCCCACCAUUGUGACAUAUGCCACCGUACUUCGUGCAUUCAAGCAUGAACCAAGAGAACGCUUGUUGAACUUGCUAGUGGACAUGAAGGACCAGAAUGUGAGAGCAAAUGCAGUGUUCGCAGAGACCUUUCUAUUCAUUUUCUUGAAGAAGCCCCCUGAGAAGGGUUGCUGGACAGCACAAAGUGUGAUUGCUUCAGAUUUGCGGAAAUUGCGCCUGGCAGACCUGCAGACGGCGAAGGACUUUAUUGAUGAGCUCAAGCACACAAAUGUCAACUUGAACAAAUCAUGCAGGCUGAUCGACGAGGCGAUUCAAUCUGUCCUGCAAGAAGCCCAUAGUGUGAUGGGUCAGAGUGUUUAAACAGUAUGAUAAUUUUUUCUGGCUUUGAGAUCUUAGAGAUUAGAGAUGAUGAUUCCUUCAGUUUGCGUUUGCCUCCAAGGGCAGACAAAAUGCGAAGAUUUUGACUUUGGCUUUGUAGGUCACACUGUUACACAGUUACACUGUUGCAGUUAUAGAGUUUGGUGGCACAUAUUUUUGGAUGGGACUGCAAGUUUGCAGCUUUCCAGAAGCCCGUCGGUUGGUUGGGUGAGAGACUUUGAACCAGACACUCGAAUCUGGACGAUCAGUAGAAUUGAAAAAUACCUCCCUUGAAUCACAAUCCAAAUGGGGAGGGGAUUAAUCAAGAGUCUACAUGAUGGAUCAUGAUGGUUUCUUCUUCAGCUCACCCUGUCACACUUGGAAGGUGAGGACCGAGGACGAAAAGAGGCAACUCCGG